CCUCCUCAGCGCCCGCCUCCCCCCCCGCCCUCCCGGGGCUGGCCCGGCGCGGCUCCGUGAGGCGCGGCCGCCCCUUCCCCCGCCCCGGCGGGCCACAGCGAGCGCCCGGCGGGGCGUGCGCGCCCCUCCCGCCCCCUCCUCUCCUCCCCUCCCCUCAGCUCCCUCCUUCCCUCUCUCCGCCCGCCGUGAGGGCGGGAGGGCAGCGGCAGCCCCGAGCGGGAGGCGAGGGGAGGCGGCGCGCCGGGAGCCAUGCGGGAGUACAAGGUGGUGGUGCUGGGCUCGGGCGGCGUGGGCAAGUCCGCCCUCACCGUCCAGUUCGUGACGGGCUCCUUCAUUGAGAAGUAUGACCCCACCAUCGAGGACUUCUACCGCAAGGAGAUCGAGGUGGACUCCUCGCCGUCGGUGCUGGAGAUCCUGGACACGGCGGGCACCGAGCAGUUCGCCUCCAUGCGGGACCUCUACAUCAAGAACGGGCAGGGCUUCAUCCUAGUCUACAGCCUGGUGAACCAGCAGAGCUUCCAGGACAUCAAGCCCAUGCGGGACCAGAUCAUCCGGGUGAAGAGGUACGAGAGGGUGCCUAUGAUCCUGGUGGGCAACAAGGUGGACCUGGAAGGCGAGCGGGAGGUCUCCUUCGGGGAGGGCAAAGCCCUGGCCGAGGAGUGGAGCUGCCCCUUCAUGGAGACCUCGGCCAAAAACAAAGCCUCGGUGGACGAGCUCUUCGCGGAGAUCGUCAGGCAGAUGAACUACGCCUCGCAGCCCAACGGGGACGAGCAGUGCUGCUCCUCCUGCGCCAUCCUCUGAGGGCGGCGGCGGGCCGGGGGCUGGCGGCGGGGACACGGCCGGCGGGAGCGGCGGGGGGAGCCGGCGGCAGCGACUGGGCGGCCCGGGCGGGGCGGCGGCACCCGCCGGCCCCAGGCGCGUACACACACCGCGAAGGACACACACGGAGAGAAAAACAAAACAAAAAAAAAAAAAAAAAACAAACAAACAAACAAAAAAAACCCAAAACCAAACAAAAAAAAAAAAAAAAAGAGAAAAACAAAAAAGAAAAAAAAAAUCUCAUCAAUCAUCAUCGUCGUGUUGGGAACGUGGCUUUUUUCGGCAUGUACGUUUCGUCCCGUCUUGGUCGUGGCGUAUCUCCCGCCGGGGUCCGCCCGGCGCGGGGCAGGAGGGCUGCGGCCGGCAGCGCCCGGAGGAGCGGGGCCCCGCCGGGACAGGCGCGGGGGGCCGGGCGGGAGCGGGCCCCGCCGCCCCGCCGAUCUCUAUGCAAAGCUGGGCGGCUGCGCCGGGGCGGCCGGCCGGGGGAGUUGCACAUCUGAACUGGGAACUGUAACUCUGGUGCCAGUGCAGCGUGGGGUGCCAGAAAGCGUCCGCUGAUGAUUCGAGAAAUAAUUUUCUAUUUUGUUUACCUGCUGUAUCGGAUGGGAGUUUGCAGGAGAGUGGUAGCGUGUUGGGGUUUUUCCUGUUUUGUUUUGGUUUAAAUCAGCUGUGAAAAUGUUACAAACCUGCACAAUUUUCUAGGUGUGCGUGUGUGUGUGAUUUCGUUUUUAUUUUAAUUUUUCUUUGGCGGGUGGGAGCGGUGGUGUGGUUUGUCUCGAGGGUUUUUUUUCUUUUUAGGUUGGCAAUAACUGAUUUUGAUGACUAGCUCUCUAAAGUGCAAAGACUUUCCUAUACGUGAUGCAGGGCCAACAGCAACCCUGUGUCUGUAGAGUGCCUUCAAAACUCAGCUGUUCCAGCCGGUGCCAACCUGUGAAAGCUCCACAGAAUCCCAUUAUCUACUACUCCAAAAACUACUUAACAGUUUCCUUGCAGUAAUCAUACUGAACAACCCAGGACAAAAGGGCCUAUUGUUAGUGGAAUUUAUUUCUUAUUUCCAUCUGAGCCUUUUAACUGUAAUUUCCAUGUCUUGCAAGUUCAGGCUUAAUUUACUUCAAAUUUACAAGAAUUUAGCCUUUUGGGAUUUUGGGGGGGUGGUCUUUUUUUUUUUUUUUUUUUUCCUUCCCCUUUGGUUUUCUUGUGAGAUGUACCUCCAGCCAGCAAAGAAAGAAAUCUUAAUCGUUGUGAUGUACCAAGAAAAUUCUAACAACUGUCAUUUUAAUUCCAGACACGCAUUGAAGAGAUGUCUAUCCAUUUUAAGAAUUUUAAUACAAAUGCUGUUUUUUAGAAAACAACUUUGUGCGCUUUUAUGUAUUACAUGAAACACUAACUUUCACAUAGGUUAUUAAUCCUGAUUUAUAUCUUAAUAGAAAUGAAAGGUGUGGAGGGGCUCGAUUUAGCUAAGGAGAGUGUUUAAAAAAAAAAAAAAAAAAAAAAGACAAACACAAGGUUGCUAUUUUACCUAAUAUUUAGUCAUUUUUAAUAGAGGUUUUCAUUUGUGUUUAGGUCCUGACCCUGUGAGAUGCCAGCAUGUGAGUGGGACGCAGUUCUCAGUAGGCAGCUUUAGGAAGGUAGCGUUGCUUUUAAUGCAAAAGGCCUUGAAAGAUUAGGCCCUUAUUCCUUACUGGGAACAGCAUGAUUUAUUGGGGUAAAAUACUAAAGGUUGAUUACUUAUAAAAUUCAAGCUUUUAAUCUCAUUGCAUUAUAACUCUUUAAAAUUAUGCACCAGACCAUUAUUUCUUUCCUGGUUUGCAGAGGGGUUGAGGUGACCUGUACCUUCUGUCAUUUGGAAGAGCUAGGGAAUUUGUUUACCUCCAUUAUCUUUCUAUCUUACUUAUUUCUUUAAAGAUUAGCACGCAAAACUUGCAACUCUUCUCCCCCCAUAUCCCAAGAAGAUUUGAAAUUCUUUUGCCACAUAGAAGCAAAAGUUCUGCAAUGAUAUGUGAAGAAGUUUUUAAUCAGGCCAACUGAAAACUAACUGCCAUGAUUCCUACUGUGAAUCUGGUAAUUAUUCUAUUUUAAGUAGGUAAACUUUCUUCUUCAGCUCUGGAAGAAGAGUGUUUAGUAUUAGUUUGAAUCUAUGUAUUGAAAUCCUAGUGAUUGAAAUUAAAAUUAUAAUCUUGUGGUUUAGUUGAAAAUUGGAUAUUUAUUUUAGCAACAUCCAGUAUCUGCUGAAAAUUUGGAAGAGAUUAUUAAGUACUGAACAUGAAUUGUCUCCUGAGCUCACAUGUAUCUUUCAAGACAGUGAGGACCUGUUCUGAUACAGUCAGUAGGGUUGUAUUGGUCAGACCGAUACAGUCACAGUUAAAAACAAAGAGGGUCAGAGAAGGCAAUCCUAGUGACGGUCCCUCAGCUUCUGCUUGGGGCCUUCGUGUAACAGACAGCUUGAUGCAGCCCCCCAUUUUUAAGUGAAAACUGAAAACCUUUGCAGCUUACCUUCCAGAAGUUUCUAAAAAUGAAUUGGAAGCCAGCUGCUCAAGGACUUCCAUGUUAGAAGGGCAGGGGAAUAAUGCUUAUUAAUAAUAGGGGUUUCUUUUAACAAAAAUACUGUGUUGAAACUAAGAAAGCUGGACUGCCUCCAUGUCUGCAGUUCAAAAAAUUUAAUGUCUAAAGCUUAAAAAAAAUGGCAUAAAUUUACAUCUCAGCUAUUGCUAUUGUUCAAUUUUGCCUUAAAUUUAAUGGGAUUAUACAGUGUUUAGCACCCAACAGGCCUUGCUCUAGAUGAGUGUAUUGAAAGCAGCUUGUUCCGCUUCAUAAAAAAUGGUAUUUAUUCUGUUCUCCCCAACAGACAGCAGAUUCUUCAUGUUUUCUAGUGCCUCCUGUUUCCCUACUGCCCGUGUUGUGAUUGAGGAAUGAUGCAGAAAUGGGUGUUUGCAGCACACAGCGGCACAUAAAGUCCAGUUUUUCUCAGUCUAGCAGAGCAGCUGAAGGCAGCCUAGUAAGUUCUGGAUCGUGCUGAGCUUUUUUGUAGAUACACUCUAGUUCUUGCCAAAAAGGUGUGUUCAUUAAACAGUGAAGGAUUUAAGAAACCAUGGCAUGGGUCUAGUCAGAGUUUUGAGUGUAUUUAGAUGUUCAGUGUUCUCUAUGACUUGGUGAGGACUGUACAAAAAAUAGAGCUCGGUAGUCUGAUCUUCCAAAUACUCUGAAGUGUUUUGGUGCUUGUUAAACAUAGGCCUUGUCUAUAAGGUAGAAAAAAGUCAUACUGCUUAAACUUGACUGAAUAAUGAAAGCUAUAUUAGCUUCUACACUUGAGGAAAAUGUUGUAUCAAUAUAAAGGUACUCUUUUAGUCCUUUUCCCUGUGGGAAUAUGUUAUACCCGUGUCAGUACAAAGAUGGUAUAUAGCUCUCUUCACAGUGAGAAUUGCAAAUAUUUAAUGGAUUUGGAAGAAAAAUUACAUUCCCAGCCAAAAUACUUCCUGGCAGUGCAGAAAUUGUGUAAACAAGGCCUUGGUUUAAGGCUGGUCUUAUGGCCACAUAUUUUGCUGUACAUAAUGAUUGUAUUUUUUAAAAUUCAAGCUUGUUCUAUUGCAAGAAAGUGUGUCUUUGAAAUUCUAGUCUCUGUGAUUGUAACUGUGCAGUAUUCUCGACCUCAUUUUCAGUACAAGUGUGGUUCUUCUCGCCGUGAUGCUCAGGCUUUACUGAUGCUUAUGGUUCUGGAGAUGAUGUUGAAUUCUGUGGCUGUGGGAUUCCUGAUGGUUCUGAUUCUCUCAAAACAAUGUAUGGCAAGUUUUUUGCCAAGGGCAUUUUAAAUAAAGGGCAGCUGGCUCUUUAUGACUUCUUCA